GACAUUUAACUAUCGUCAAAAGUACGGAAAGAGAAUUUUAAAUUUUACUAGAUAAAUUCAUUUUACUGCGCUACCGUGCCGGUCCAAAAAUUAUACUAAUUGAAAUCAGUUAGUUUUUAGGUAUUUUAUGUACUUUGAUAAUAAACGGCUUUGGGGUUAUUAUAACCUAUAAAUUAUGAAAAGAGGUUUGAAGAUUGCACUUGUCCAGUUGGCAGUGGGAUCUGACAAGGCUAAGAAUGUUGCAGCUGCGGUUCAGGAGAUUCACAAGGCCAAAGAAAAGGGAGCUCAGCUUGUAGCACUGCCUGAAUGUUUUAACUCUCCUUAUGGCACUAAGUACUUCGAAGAGUAUGCAGAGGAAGUGCCUUCUGGCGAAACCAGCCGGGCAUUGUCUAAGGCUGCGGCGGAGGCAGGCGUGUGUGUGGUGGGAGGGACUGUGCCCGAGCGAUGUGGGUCGCGAUUGUAUAACACCUGUGCCGUGUGGGACUCCAACGGGAAGCUGCUCGCGCAACACAGGAAGAUACAUUUGUUCGACAUAGAUAUUCCUAAUAAGAUAACGUUCAAAGAGUCGGAGGUGCUGUCGCCGGGCGAUCAGCUCACCACGUUCCAGUUCAACGGCAUCAAGAUCGGGCUCGGCAUCUGCUACGACCUGCGCUUCUGCGAGAUGGCACAUAUCAUGGCUAAAGAAGGAUGUUCCCUGUUAAUAUACCCGGGCGCAUUCAACAUGACCACGGGCCCCAAGCACUGGCAGUUGCUGGCCCGCGCCCGGGCGGUCGACAACCAACUGUGGGUGGCGCUAGUGAGCCCGGCCCGGGACCAAACCGCCUCCUAUGUGGCGUGGGGCCACUCCCUACUCGUCGACCCGUGGGGCGCCGUUACUGGCCAACUGGAACAUGUGCCUGAUGCUCUGCAUGCCACGAUAGAUCUUAAUACAGUCGAGGAAGUUAGAAGUCAAAUUCCUAUCCGGAUGCAGAGAAGAACUGAUAUAUAUGAUACCGUCAAAAAGUCCAAGCAGUAA